AGAAGGCGGCCGCGCGCCGCGGAUCACGGAGCAGCCGGUGGACGUGGUGGUCCGCAAGCACGAGCCCGUGACGCUCCGGUGCGGCGCCGACGGCGACCCUGCUCCUCGAAUCGCGUGGUUCCACGACGGGAGGCCCGUGCGCGACUCUGCCACGCGCAUGGUUCUGCCCGAGGGACAGCUGUUCUUCCUACACGUGCAACACAGCCGCCGGGAACAGGACACGGGACUCUACUGGUGCACCGCCACCAAUGCCUUGGGCGCGUCCCGCUCCCGAAACGCUAGCGUCGAACUCGCCGUUCUUCGCGACGAGUUCCGGCAGCUGCCCAAGAGCGUCCACGUGGCGGCGGGCGAUUCGGCGACGCUAGAGUGCGUGCCUCCCAGGGGCCACCCCGAGCCCACAGUCACCUGGUUCAAGGACGGCGUCCAGGUGCAGCCGGGCACGGGGCGCGUCCGCCUCCUGGCCCAGGGCGCGCUUCUGAUCGCCGACGUGCGACCCUCCGACCAGGGACGCUACGUGUGCCGGGCGGCCAACUUGCUCGGCACCAGGGACUCGCCGCCCGCGCUGCUCUCCGUGCACACGAAGCCCUAUUUCGUCCGGGUCCCGGAAGACGUGACGGCACUCGCUGAAGAAUCUGUCGAGUUUGAGUGCAAGGUCAACGGUGACCCGAAGCCAACAGUGACUUGGCGGAGAAAGGACGGAAAGAUGCCCGUCGGCAGAGCUUACGUUCAAGAGGACAAGAAUCUUCACAUUAGGAAUGUUGUACCUGCAGACGAGGGUUCGUACGUUUGUGAAAUAGAAAACAUCGUUGGAUCAACCUCCGCUUCGGCAAUACUUAUUGUACAUUCACGCCCCACAUUCCGCCUCACACCCCAGAACCAGAAAGUGGGGAUUAACGGUGUCGCCAAGUUUGACUGUCUUGCGACAGGCAACCCCCCACCAUCCGUGUUCUGGACUCGAGAAGGCAGCCAGGAGCUGAUGUUUCCUGGUAAGUCGCAUGGCCGCUUCUCGGUGAGUCAAGAAGGCACGCUUACUAUCACUGGCGUGCGAAAGGAGGACCGCGGCUACUACGUCUGCUCGGCGCUCUCUGUGGUGGGCUCCAGCAUGGCUAAGGGUCUCCUGGAGGUCAACGUUCUCACCGACCUGCCGCCUCCCAUUAUACGUUUGGGUCCGGCCAACCAAACCCUACCGGUGCACACGACCGCCCAGUUGCCAUGCGAAGUUGCUGGUACACCGAAGCCCACCGUGAAGUGGCUCUACAGUGCCGUUCCCCUAAGCAUCAAAGAUCGGCCCCGAUUCAAACUACUUGGGUCUGGCAUGUUGCAAAUCCGAGACCUCCACUUGUCUGAUAGUGGCUCGUACACUUGUAAGGCUUCAAAUGAAAAUGGUGAGACGUCUUGGACUGCGUCACUCACGGUCGAGUCACCGCAUAAUCCAAACGUGAACUUUCAUCGCUCUCCUGACCCAUCCACAUUACCUGAUCCUCCUUCCCAGCCACACGCGAUAAACACAACGGAAACUUCGAUAACCAUUACUUGGAGACGAAGCGAAAAAAUGGGCGCAUCGUCGCUAAAGGGAUACACAAUCGAGUACCAUAGCAGCGAUCUGCAGAGUGGAUGGGUUCUGGCAGCUCACCGAGUACUUAAUGAAACCUGCACUAUCCAAGCUUUGCAUCCCGACUCUCGGUAUAUAUUCAUCGUCCGAGCUGAGAAUGCGCAUGGUCUUGGAUAUCCAAGUCCUGCCUCUGAAACGAUACGAACUCCAGGACUUGCACCACAGUUUGUCCCAGACUACAACCUUGAUGAAGUGCGAGAGAAACUUAGCGCCAAUGUGGUGACCCUGCACGACAUACGCACCAUAAGCUCAACUGCCGUGAAGCUGACUUGGAAGAUACAGGGCAGCAAAGAAUUUGUGGAGGGCUUUUACAUUCGUUUUCGGGACAUGAGCGGCAGCUCGCAAACGUACAACAUUGUUACUGUUCUGAAUGGCGGAGCCCUCUCCUACGUGUUGAACGACCUGAAGAAGUUCACAAAGUACGAAAUUUUCCUGGUGCCAUUCUGCAGAAGUGUCGAAGGCCCACCGAGCAACUCCAGAACAGUUCAAACGUUGGAAGAUGUCCCAACUGCACCACCAGGUGGCGUCGAAGUCCAAGUUCUAAAUGGAACAACUGUCACUAUACUCUGGUCUCCGCCUCCACCACAACACUGCAAUGGAAGACUCAGGGGAUACAAUGUGUAUGUGGAUGGAAACUCUUCGGAUCUGCAUCUCAAUAAAAGCACAAACUCCACAGCUAAAAGUCUCACGUUAAACAACCUGAAGACAGGAAUUUUGUAUGAAGCACGUGUUGUUGCAGUGACAACCGUCGGCGGUGGACCAGCCAGCAGCCCCAUCCAUUUCAAGAUCGAAGGCACAUCAUCUUCAACAUCACUUUCUCGCCCCUUUGAAAACAUUGUUAAGCAGCCAUGGUUCAUUGCACUUUUUGGGUUCCUGCUGCUGGUAACAGCAACAAGUUCUGUCCUGUUUUUAAUACGAAAACGACGACUUGAACAAGCGAAGGCUAUUACAGCAGCACAAGUAAAUAAGCCAAAUGACUUGAGAAACUGCUUCAGUUCCGUUACUAGUCGUGCUUGCCUUAACCAUCAAGAAGCCUCGUGGAUAAACCAUAGUGUCUGGAGGCCCUCUGAGCAACCUAAGGUGGCCUUCUGUGAAACCAAGCUUCUCCACAAAAUGAACUGUGCUUCAAACGAGCAUAACUAUUCCAGUGUCUAUGCAACUUUAAAUUGCGACAUGAGUGCACCUGAGUACGCAGAAGUAGACGGUCACUAUAUGACAACAUUCAACAAGAAGGACGCUGCCUCGGUUCCAGAGCCGUAUGCCACCACCACAUUAAUAAAGACUUCGUUUCAGAAGAGCCGAAAUUGUUCAAGCACAGAUGGUGGCAGUGGAAUCUCAGCAAAAGAAGGCAGCAGAAAGUCUGAAAAAGCUUCAGACCUCGAAGUGAGGCACACCAACGAAGAUGACGUCUCAGAUCGGCUAUUGAAAGAAAACAGACUUGCUAGUCCAGGAAGCGAGUGUGGUGGUUACACAGCAGAUGACUAUGGGAUGCCUACGAAAAAGUUUCGAUUAAAAAUUUCACGAGGCGAAGAUCUCGCUACUGUACCCAUGAUGAAUUGGUCAGAAAUCAUUCCUCCACCACCAGAGAAGCCACCUAGUGAGGCGGAGUCUCGACCGAAUACUCCUGCAUCCUCCAGAGAACCGUCGCUCCGCGCUAUACAAAUUAAACAGAAACCACAAUGCUAUCGACAAGAGCAGUUAUUCAGCAGUGCUCUCAUGGACUUGGGAGCGCAGUCAUCCUUGCCUACACUGAACAGUGACCCAUCACCCUGGGGCCUCGCAGGGGAAUCAAGAGGAGCGCAAUUGAGGAGCCGCCAUGGUCAUAUUUACCACGACGCCGACGCAGAGUCGGAUAUAGAGGACAUGUCACGAAGACCGUCACUGGAGUCCAGCUUGGCUGCGGACACAGACUAUGCGCCAAGCCACGCGCCUUCGUGGACGAGUGCAACGCAGCAGAGCAACAGCUCCUGUACAAGUGGCUGCUCUAGCGGGACAAGUUCAUAUGAUGACUUUGUCUACAAUGAAGUGGACUUUGCUAGGGCACUUUCGAAGGCAGCAAGAAAUGCUGAUCAUCGAGUGAAGGGCUCAACCAUGAUCACAGGACAUCCGGCAGCAAGGCGAGGUGGUGAGGACAGUAUUGCGCAGCGGCUGAGUCACGAGCAAAAUAACGAAGUCGCCGACGUACAUCAGCAUAGGAGCAAAACGCCAAUUCAUCAAAUCAAGAAUUAUGAAUCUCAUUCCCAGAAUCAGGCACUGUCCUUUAGCCUACCUAGUCAGAAGAUUCCACGGGAGCGAGGAAUCCGGCAAGCUGAAAAUAACUCAUCUAUGCACAAGAAUGAUGUGGAAACCCGUAUCAUGGAUCUACAUGAAACGUGUCCUUUCUUCAGCUAAAGUGCUCCUGUGCUUUCGACAAACAAUGACGGCCUUCCAACGGGAUCACCGAGCGUGAUCCUGCCGCAUACGGAUGCAAAGAAAGUCAGCUCGAUGGAAAGCGAUUUUGUGCUAACCUUGGUGCGACCUUCACAGCAAGUUCUUUCAGUCGCUGAAAAUAAGAAGAGCGUCUCCGCUUACGUGAAAAGCAAAUUAUGCAAGAGGAUGUGAUACGCGCCAAAGAUAAAGUGCCAUGCAAGGUUAACGCAAUGUGACGCGCCUCGUGAAGGGGCAAGUGUACGUUCUGAGGACGCGCGGGUGUGUGCGUUUCGUUUAUGUGCGUGUGUGCUUACGUUACGCAAAAUAACUGAAUAUAUGUGCGCUGAUGUGCACGCAUGGACGUGAAGACAACUUUCUGUGUGUGUUGGAAUUCAUCGGAAUCAGUCAUGGAUAAUCCACGCGCCUCUCUCAGCCGCACCCGGCUGGCCCUUUCAAAGCAUAUCACUGAACUCAGCUCUACAGAUUGUUUUAUUGUGACGAUUGACAGGCUGCUCCACGGCAUCGGUCCUAGAUCGCACAGUAAUUGCCAACCUGUUUACUUUUCGUCGGUUUGUGUAUAGUCAAAAAGUGCGUGGACUGAUCACCCUCAUUUUUAUUUAUUGUUGCAAGCUUUAUUUAAAUUAACGUUUGUAGGUUUCAGAAUGUGUGUAAAAAGCAAAAUAAAGUCACUAGAAAUAAAGGUCACUAUCACCAACUUAAGAAAACUUGAAA